GCCCCUGUUGAGCACCCAGCGUCCCUCCCGCCUCGUCUCCCUCCUCAUCCUUCAGCUCUGCCCCAUUGUUCUCCCAUCCUCGGCUCCUUCUCUCCGCCCGGUGGUCGCCUCCUCCCUCUGCUCCCCUUCCUCCCUCCUCCAUCCUUUCUUCUUCCUCCUCGCCGUCCCUCCCGCCCCGCUGCCCGGCGCUGAUGUCACGCACCGGCUGAGGGCGCGGGCGAUCAUGGCUGCUGCGGCCGCAACCGUGCCGCUGGCCUCCAGCUAAUGCCCGCGAUGGAGCCGGCGAGCCUGCUGCGGUUCCUGCGGAAGCUUAAGGAGGUUUUCGAUGUGUGCGACGAGGAUGCGGACGGCUUCAUCCGGGUGGAGCACUUCGUGGCCCUGGGGCUGCAGUUUGGCCAGGGGGAUGAGGUGGAAAAACUGGCCAAGUACUUGGACCCAAAUGAUUUGGGAAGAAUCAAUUUUAAGGACUUCUGUCAUGGAGUUUUUGCUAUCAAAGGCUGUGAAGAGUUACUAAAAGAUGUCCUGUCUCCUGAAAACUCUGAGCCUCUGCACUAUGAGCCACAGUAUGUUGAUUACUACUACCAGGGUGGAGAAAUCCAGGACUGUGCCUACCUGGACAGCGAGAGCACCUACAGCGAGUCAGAGCUGUUUGCUGAUGAGGACACAAUGACCCUGGCACAUCAGGAGGUUCACCAUGAGUCUGACAUGGACAGUGCCAUCGAGAGUGCCCAGAGCUCUGAGGCCUCUGAUGUGUGUCGCAGCGAGGAGAAGGAUGGUGUGCUUGGUGGCCUCUUCCUGCCUGGUGACAAGUCAAGUCCUCGCAACCCUUCUGCAGCAUCUGACCUCUCAACUUAUUCCACCGCCUCUCUGAUCAGUAAUGAAGAACAGUUUGAAGACUAUGGGGAAGGAGAUGAUGUGGAUUUUACUCCCAGUAGCCCAUGCCCUGAUGAUGAGACCAGAACCAACGCCUACUCUGACCUUGGCUCAUCUGUAUCUUCCAGUGCUGGCCAAACCCCCCGAAAAAUGAGGCAUGUUUAUAACAGCGAGUUACUGGAUGUUUACUGCUCACAGUGCUGCAAAAAGAUAAAUCUGCUCAACGAUUUGGAAGCCAGGCUGAAAAACUUGAAAGCAAACAGCCCUAACAGGAAAAUAUCAAGCACGGCUUUUGGAAGACAACUCUUCCACAACAGUAACUUCAGCAGCAGUAAUGGCAGCACAGAAGACCUGUUCAGAGACAGUAUAGACUCCUGUGAUAAUGAUAUAACUGAAAAGGUAACAUACUUAGAAAAAAAGGUGACAGAACUGGAGAAUGACAGUGUGACAAAUGGUGACCUAAAGAGCAAGCUGAAACAGGAGAACACUCAGCUGGUUCACAGAGUUCAUGAGCUAGAAGAACUAUUGAAAGACCAAGAAACAUCAGCAGAACAGACCCUGGAAGAAGAGAUAAAGAGACACAGGGAAGCAUACAGCAAGUAUGAAAAAGAGAAAGGCACCGAAAUCGAACUGCUAAAUACAAGGGUUCAGCAACUGGAAGAAGAAAAUGGGGAGCUGAAAUGCACUGUCACACGACUGAAGUCACAGACAGAGAGAUUAGAUGAGGAGAGGCAACGCAUGUCAGACAGGUUGGAAGACACCAGCCUGAGGCUGAAGGACGAGAUGGAUCUGUACAAGAGAAUGAUGGACAAGCUGAGGCAGAACAGACUGGAAUUCAACAAGGAGAGGGAAGCCACACAGGAGCUCAUUGAGGACUUGCGGAAGGAGCUGGAGCACCUGCAGCUCUACAAGCUGGAGUGUGAGCGUCCAGGGCGUGGGAGGAGCUCUUCAUCCAGCCUGAGUGAGUUCAACGCCAAGACCAGAGAGGUGGAGAUGGAGCAUGAAAUAAAACGUCUGAAACAGGAGAAUCAGAAACUUCGUGACCAAAACGAUGAUCUUAAUGGACAGAUUUUAAGUCUUAGUCUUUAUGAAGCUAAAAAUCUCUUUGCAACGCAAACAAAGGCCCAGUCACUGGCUGCUGAAAUUGAUUCUGCAUCAAGAGAUGAGCUCAUGGAAGCUCUUAAAGAACAGGAAGAGAUCAAUUACAGAUUGCGACAGUACAUGGACAAGAUCAUUUUGGCAAUCCUAGACCACAACCCUUCUAUCUUGGAAAUAAAGAACUGAGGAGAAUGCGAGAAGGAAAAGCAGCAACUGCCUGACAUUUCUGCACAUGCCACUGGAUCUAAACACCACUCUGAUACUGUAACUGAAGCUAUAACUAUACACAUACACACUAGGUGUGAGUGUGGGCAUGGCUGUGUUUCUAUGAUGUUUGGUACACUGUUGGUUGUCCUUGGAUUGGCUUGGGUAGACGACUUUUUUUUCCUCCAUGCACUUUCAAUACCUGUGAUAAGUUGAAUUGUGUAUAUUAAUGUAAUAACAAUAGAACUGGAUCAUGCUCUUUUAGAUACUGGACAAAAUGACUCUACCUCUAGUUGUAAAGGUGAAAAAAAGACAAUGGAAACAUGUGGAUGUGGCCCUAACUUCAGGAGCAGGAAUUGUUCUUUUGUUCUUCCAGGAAUUUGGGUGCCACAAACCAAUUAACAUCCCCAGGUUCAGUUCCUGACUGGUGCUGACUGUGCAAUUUCCUGUUUGAUUUAGCUUUAGUGCUUAAACCACAUGUAGGAUUUCAAAAAAA